GAAGCACCUUGUAGUUUAAGAGUAAUUCGAUCAGGCUCCUCCCCUCUGGGGCCUCGCCCCUCCCCUAGGCACCGUAACUAGAAAAUCCCUGCCCAGAAUAUUGGGUAAGAGUCAGUCUUACUUUCCAUUUGAAAGAAGCAGUUGGAAGUUUAUUCUGCUUUAUUUUUCUUUCUGGAUCUCAAUUUUACAACAAAAAAACCCCCAAAUUUACAGCCCGAAGUCUGUUAACGGCAAUUUCAGCAAAGGUCAUGGGAGAUCAAGAACUACCUGGGGUUUUGGUAUCUGGAUUUGAAGGGCCCCAUAGUAUAUGUGAGGACCAUAUCAGAAAACUGCAGAAACACUUUAAUCUCAUUACCAUGCAGGAAUUUUUGGAAAAUAAAACACAAUUCAGUCAAAACAUCCAAGCUGUCUACGUAUGGGGAGGCUGGCCAGUUAUUGACAAAGAGCUCCUACAGAGCCUGCCCUGCUUGAAGAUCAUAGCCAGUGUAGGAGUAGGUUUAGACCACCUAGACCUGAAGCUCAUUGCUGGCUUUGGUGUGAAGGUGGCCAACACACCGCAGGCAGUCUCAAAACCCACAGCAGACAUGGGAAUGGCCUUAUUGCUGGCUUCUGCCCGGAAACUGGUGAAAGGUCAUCAGCUGGCUAUUUCACCAGAUACAAAGAACUUUAAUAUAAAUUGGGUGGGUCAAGAUGUCACAGGUGCCACCCUGGGAAUCAUUGGCAUGGGCGCAAUUGGAUAUAAGAUCGCUCAGAGGGCCAAAGCCUUCGAAAUGAAGAUUCUAUAUCAUAAUAGGACCCGCAGGAAAUUGGCAGAGGAGGAGGCGGUUGGAGCCACUUACUGUGAGCGCCUGGAUGACCUGCUGCAGCAAUCAGACUUCGUGAUGUUGGCAGCCAGCCUGACCCCCCAGACCCAGAACAUGAUUGGGAAGAGGGAGCUGAGACUGAUGAAACCUAAAGGGAUUCUCAUCAACGUUGGCAGAGGCCUAUUAGUUGACCAUGAUGCUCUGGUGGAAGCUCUUCAGACCGGGAUAAUUAACGCCGCAGCGUUGGAUGUGACGUACCCUGAACCCUUGCCAAGAGAUCAUCCUUUGUUGAAGUUGAAGAAUGUUACUCUGACACCUCAUAUUGGAAGUGCAACUCAUCAGGCCAAACGACAAAUGGUGGAGAAUUUGGUCGAAAGCAUCCUGGCUUGUCUCAAUGGCCUUCCCAUUCCUAAUGAAGUGCUUCUUAAAUGAUUUAUGUGGGCUAACGAUUCAGUGGGAUUAAAACAUGGCAGAUUAAA